AUGGUUGCCAAGUCGUCGGAUCACUGCAACCACCAAGAGCAUCAUCUCCGACACAUCACUGCCGACGACUCCGGUGGCGACCCAGCGUUGACAGUUAAUCAGCAACUUCAGCCAAUAUCGUUCCAGAAUGAGGAUUUCCACUCAAUCUCUCAAGUUGUUGCAAGAAAUGCAAUAGCAAUUGAUAAUGAAGUUGUUGCAAAUGAUGUGUUAGAAGAUGGAAUUGGAGAAGAAUAUGGAAUUAGAGAAGAAGAUGAUGAAGAAUCUUUUGCAGUUCCUUCAACUUUUACUACUAUGGAGGAAACAAAUAUGACUAUUAAUAACAAUUGGCUUGUGUCACAAUUAACGAACAAGAAUGAUUUUACACAAGAGUUAGGAAAAUAUUCUUUCAAGGAUAAAGAACUUACUAGAGCUAUCAAGCUUUAUAGUAUUAGGACACAUAAACAGUUUGAGCUCUUGCUCGCUUUUGGAAUAGGUCCAGGUAGUGAUCGGAACUCUGGAAGGCCGAUAAUAGACUGGGAUUGCAACAGCGUAUUCAACGCCACCGAAAUUGUUGCAGUAUCUUUAGGUUCCUGUCAAUUGACGAGCAAAAAAAAAAAGAAUGUGUGUAUGAUUGGGAACGGGAGAGGUUCCGGUUCUCUUGAGACAUGGCUCCUGCUCAUACGCUGCUUCUCUGCAAAGUCCAUAUCAGUGAAAGCUCAAAGCUUAGACCACCGGUGUUGGGUUGAAUGUUUUACAUAAAUAAUUAUAUCAAGGGAUUAUUGUUUCCCUAGAUUUGUUCGCUAAUCGGGAAAAGCAAUCACUAUCUCAAAACGAUGCUCAGAAAAUUGAAAGUUUGCUUACCGAAUUCGUUCCUUAUCUAGACUAUGUCAUUCGAUUGUUAAGGCUUCAGCUGAUUGCAUGAUUGAUGCAAAAGAAAACUUAGAUUUAUCAAAAAUUUACCAAUCCUACGGGAGCAGAUUUAUUGGCUUGAAGCUACAAAUCAGGAUCUGUGUCGCAAACUUGAUGAGAAUCGCAGCAAAUGCGAUACUAUUGAUCAUCAAUCUGUCUCUAAAGUUGGUGAUUCCUUUUGCGUGAAAACUUAACGGUUUAAAAGGGUUUUGCAAAGUAUCAAUUCAUCAAAUUAUGAAAUGACUGAAAGUGGUCUUUGAAGAUAAAUACCCUUCAAGUAAUAUUAGUUUCAUGUUCAUCAUAAAUCUGCUGUUUUUGGCCCGUAUACCAACUAUCAUGUGUAUGACUAAGUUUCUGAUUGGUCUCUUUUGGGUGGGAAUGUUCCAUCACCUCUACAAUCCGGGAUGAAAAAAUAUUGUAGGUUUACAAAAAAAAAAAAAAAAACUUAUCCACCUUUGCAAUAUAACCAUAAAAGUUUUUGGUCAAAAUGU